ACAGCACAUACGUAGCAGUAACUGUGAGUAAUUGGGCGCAUCGGUCGCGGUUAAGAAUAAGAUCAACCGUAUCUUUUUUUUUUUUUUUUGUUCUAUUAAACUUCUCUUUAUUUGAAUAAUCGGAAAGCGAGUAAUACAAGACUCGUGUAAAGUGACAAUUCUUCAUUACCCUGCGAAGCGCGUUAGAGACGAUUUUUCUUAAGAUAUCAUGUGAAAGGGUCAAGAAUCCGGAUAACGAUUAUGCCACGUGAAUACAGGAGAAGAAUUUUCUAGAGGGAUACGCCCUUCUGAUUGAAACUCGCAAUAUCGUUUGAAGAAUUCGAAGAAAACAAAUACUACCUCACUACCGAACAUAAAUCAAUAAAAUUCCCUUCCGGGUAGAUCGAUCCGUUCAAGAGCAGGUGGCUAUCGAGGUUCAAAUUUUGGAGGAGGACGAGAAAAAAGAAAAGGAAUAAUAAGAUGGCCGAGACCGCGACUCUCCAAGUAUGGGACUACGUGGUGAUCGUGUUGAUGCUUCUUACGAGUACAGCCAUCGGAAUUUAUUACAGAUUUACCGGAGGCCGACAAAAAACUUCUGAGGAGUACUACGUAGCGAAUCGUACGAUGGGAGCAACACCGGUGGCCAUAGGAUUGAUGGUGUCUUUCCUCUCGGCCAUAAGUCUUCUCGGUGUAAGUAGCGAGAAUUACGUCUACGGGACUCAGUAUGCGGCCGUCAACGUCGGUUAUGUCAUAGCGACACCUUUCGCGGCGUAUCUUUAUCUACCGGUAUUUUUCAAGCUCCAGGCGACGAGCGCCUACGAGUACCUGGAGAGACGUUUCGGUAGCGUUUCAAGGACGGUAGCGAGUUUCGGCUUCUCGAUCCAGCUGUUGCUUUACACGGGAAUAGUUUUGUACGCUCCGGCGCUGGCCCUGGAAGCGACGACCGGUCUUUCGAAAACAGCGAGCGUUGUAUCGAUCGGCUUGGUUUGCACGUUGUACUCGAGCGUCGGCGGCAUAAAAGCCGUCCUCAUCACGGACGUCUUUCAAAGUCUUCUGAUGCUGAUCGCCGUGGUUACGAUAAUCGUUACCGCCGCCAUCGACGUAGGUAGCAUCGGCGAAAUCUGGAGGAUCGCGGACGCCGGAAACCGCAUAGAAUUCGACAGCAUUUCCGUCGAUCCCACCGUUCGCCAUACCUGGUGGAGUCUGACAAUCGGCGGGUUUUUUACCUACCUAUCCUUGUACGGUGUGAAUCAAGUUCAAGUUCAGAGAUUGCUGACUAUCAAUAACCUGAAAUCCGCCCAAAUAUCGCUAUGGUGGAGUUUGCCGAUCGCCUGCGUGAUGUCCCUGACGACGUGUUUAUCCGGACUCGCGAUAUACUCCAAAUACCACGACUGCGACCCUCGGACAUCCGGUAGAAUCGGCUCGGCCGAUCAACUCAUGCCGCUCUACGUUAUGGACACGCUCUCCGACAUUCCCGGACUUCCCGGUCUCUUCAUAGCCGGAAUAUUCAGCGCGGGUCUCAGCAGCGUCUCCGCAACUCUGAACUCCCUUUCGGCUGUGAUUUUGGAAGACUACGUCAAGCCGUGUUACAGAUGGAGAAACAAAGAAUUCCCCGCAUCGAAAUUCGCUAUCGUCGGAAAAGCCCUGGCUCUACUGGUCGGUCUGCUGUGCAUCGUGGUGGCUUUUCUGGCCCAAUACUUGGGCGGUGUUCUACAGGCUGCCCUCACCAUAUUCGGCGUUGUCGGUGGUCCAAUUUUGGGAUUAUUUACACUAGGAAUGUUUACCGAAUGUGCGACUCAACGGGGAGCAGUAACCGGAAUUCUGAUCAGUCUGAUGUUCUGUCUAUGGAUCGGUUUUGGUCAGCCGAAACCGGCCGCCCCCACACUGCCCGUAUCGGUCGCCGGAUGUAAUUCGACGUCAUCUUACGAUUCAUCCGUAACGUCGAAUGUCACCAGAGCUCAGAGUACCGGUGACAGUUCGGAUUUCUAUUUGUAUCGUAUUUCGUACAUGUGGUACUGUCCCCUGGGAUUUCUGACUUCGACAAUUUUCGGCUUGAUAGCAAGUUACCUUUUACGAUUCAUAUUCAAGGAGGAAACUGUUGAAUUGGACCCGGAUCUGUUGGUCCCAUUUCUGGCAUCUAGACUCAGGAAAAGACGAGAGAAAGCACGAGACGUCAACGGCUCAGAGUUCGGAUCAAAACACGAAUUGAACACGUACAGUUAACGUAAUUUUAUAGGAAUAGAAAAAAAAUUAGAAAAACAAAAAAAAUUGAAAAUAUCACACAAGUACGAAUACCAAGUUCUACCGCCGUAAUAUGAGUGCUACAAUAAUCAUCUUUUCGAUACACGAGUAUUAUAAAUAAUUUUGCAACAUAUUCCUGACUUGCGGGAAUGAAAUGGAGAAGAAGGGGCAAUGGGGAGAGGGUUUGCAUGGGUGCGAAGGAUUGUGCAACAAGAAAAACCUGUUACCGUACUAUCGCUAGUUAUUUGGAAGACUGAAAAAUUGAAAUUUUUUUUUUUUUAAUGAUCAAGAAUUAAUUUUUUUUUCAACGCACAUUCGAUGACAAUAUUCGUUACAACGAAUGUUAUCAUCACUUGAAAUUUGAAUCCUAGCGUAUAUGAAGAAUAAAAAUUGAAAAGAGAAAACAAACUAGCGAUACGCUAGAGUUUACACAAUAAUUAAAAACAAUAAAAGAAAUAAUAAAAAUUA